UCUUGAUCACAUCGGCACAUAAUGAUGACAACAUUAAUGUUAACCGUACUGGACGGAUGUAGCUUGAGAAUUGGUCAAUUUUACAUAAAAAUAAUCAAAGACCACAUCCUUAGUUACUUGAUCAACUAGGUUGAUACUAAAUAUGACAAGGACAGAUAAUUGUAUAAUCUCAUUGCCAUUGUUACAUAGAGAAUAAUUAGUCACUUGAGGAAUGUACACAGUUUUGAAACUGAUAAUACUGAAGGAAAAUUAGUUACAAUCUGAGAUGGAAGACUUGUACCAUGUCAGUUUCAGUACAGUUGAUGACAAUUCUAGUUCAUCCAGCGAUAUUUUCUGGGAGGGAUUGAAUGAUGUGAAAAAGGUUCAAUUUUCUGGAGCAGAAGAUCAAGGAGAGAACGGGGGAAUUGACUCACUUUACUCUGAUUUUGGGUUCUUCCAAUAUGAUCCAUCAGAAGAAGGAUAUCUUGUAUCCACUAAUCAACAAAAGUAUCAGCAGCUACCAUCAUACCAUCAUUACCAUGAUUAUGGACAAUUGGAUAACCUUCAAUUUGACAUGGUCUCUCCACCACUCCAAUUUGAUGCACAAUUUCCGACCAUGGCUCCACUCUGUGACUCAACAAAGGACAAGCCUUACUCAUCAGCCCCCUUAGCCUCACUUGAGAUCUUGAAAAACUAUGGCAAGGGCUUCAAGAGGUUGUGCAAUGAAGGCCAAACCCUUCAGGCAGUUGAUGAUUUGGCUAUGGCCACAAAUGAUGUUAUUUGGAGAAAGCUCUCAACAGAAGACAUCAUGAGGAUAGCAGGAACAAGGUUCAUCCAAUCAUCAUCUUCAGACUCAGAGCCUUUGCCUUUCUUGGAAAAUCACCCUUUUGCUGCUUCUUUCUCUGGAUUAUCUGAUGAAGAGAAAGAGGAUGUGGCACUUGCUGAGUCCCUUUUGGCUUCUGCUGAGAAAGUUGGCUAUCAACAGUUUGAACGUGCAAACAAAUUGCUGAAUCAUUGUGAGUCAUUAUCUUGCAAAACUGGGAGCCCCGCUAAGCGAAUUGUUCAUUAUUUUGCUGAAGCACUUCGCCACAGGAUAGAUAGAGAAACAGGAAGAGUUUCAUCCAAGGAUUUGCAAAAGGGUCAGUCAUUUGAUCCUGAAAAGGCGGCCAGGGAACUAAACCCCACUAUUGUGGCAUUCUAUGAGUGGCUUCCCUUUUGUCAAAUUGCACUCUUCACUGCAGUGCAAGCUAUAAUAGAAGAUGUAGCUGAAGCAAAGAAGAUUCACGUUAUAGAUCUUGAAAUUAGAAAAGGGGGGCACUGGACUAUUCUAAUGCAAGCACUUGCGUCAAGACAAUGUCCAAUUGAGCUUCUAAAGAUAACCGCUAUUGAAACUGGAACCACUAGCCACAUAGUUGAGGACACUGGUAAGAGACUAAAGGAGUUUGCUCAAGGUUUGAACAUACCCUUCUCUUUCAACAUAGUUAUGGUAUCAGACUUGUUACAGCUAAGAGAAGAUCAUUUUGAGAUUGAUCCUGAGGAAGCACUUGCUGUUUAUUCUAACUAUGCACUUAGAUCAAGAAUUCAGGAUUCAGAACAGCUUGAAACCAUUAUGAGAGUAAUUAGAGCCUUUAGUCCUAAUGUAAUGGUGGUGACUGAAAUUGAGGCGAACCACAACUCUACAUCUUUUGUAAACCGUUUCAUUGAAGCCCUUUUCUACUUCAGUGCAUUCUUUGAUUGUCUUGAGGCUUGCAUGAAAGAGGAUGAGAACAGAACUAUUAUAGAAUCAUUAUACUUCAGUUAUGGAAUCAGGAACAUUGUGGCUGCAGAAGGUGCUGAAAGAAAGACUCGGAAUGUGAAGAUUGAUGUGUGGAGGGCCUUCUUCUCACGCUUUGGAAUGGUGGAGAAAGAAUUGAGCACGUUGUCUUUAUACCAAGCAGAAUUGGUGGCUAAAAGAUUUCCUUGUGGAAGUUUCUGCACAUUUGAUAAGAAUGGUCUUUCCCUUCUUGUUGGGUGGAAAGGAACACCAAUUAACUCUGUUUCUGUAUGGAAAUUCCUUUGAAGGCAAGUGCAAUUAAGGAUUUUUUGUUUCGUGUUGUUCCUUAUCAAUGUGUUUAUCAUUACAUUAGCAAUUCUCAUCACUUGUUACCAUCCCCGUUUGGUUAAUGCUGUUCACUUGUGUUUACUAUCAAGUAUAAAAGAACUUUGUGAUUGUGGGGAUAUUUUGCUAUAUUCAUAAUAAA